UAUGAGCAGAGAGAUAGAUCACUUUAUUUGCAAGCAAGGCUCCACUUCCAGUCGAUUUCAAUCCAUCAUUCUCUCUCAUUCAAAUCGGUGACGGCGAUAAAACUGUCAGUGUUAUGGAAUUUUGAGUGUUGCUUGAUGUUAAAUGUCUUUUUAGCACCAGAUAGGGUAGAAGAUGAUUGGGAAACCAGCAACUGCGCUUCUGUAUUCUUUACUUAAAGAUGGUGAGAAACGUCCCAUUGAAGAGAUCAUAACCGAUUUCUCCACAAAGAUCCCCCGCUCUCAGCAUCUUUACAUCUGCUCUGCACUUGUCGUUCUCUUGGAAGACCCGCCAAAGUUUCUGAAACCCACCGAGCGUUUGGUUGCAUUUGCUUUACUUCACCAUGCAUAUUCAUCCCCACAGUCAUCCACCAAUCCAUACCUUUCCUUGCUUAUAAACGCCGCAGCUGAUGAAAAAACCGAAAAUUCUGAAAAGUCGUUCAUCCUUCAUCUGCUAGGUGGGACCAAAGAGGUAUUGAAGUUAUCGGCAGCAGAUUACGUUAACAAAUUUGAUCCUUCAUCGCAGAAUUUCCCAUCGCUCGACCAGCUACAGAAACAGUACCUUGGCAAAACUCAGCCAGACCCGUCUAACAGCUUUUUCAAAGACGCUGCAAUAAAAAAUGUUAUACCUGACCCUGAUGUCCCGCGUGGGUGUGACGUUAAUUCUCCCGAGUUUGACCUCCAGCCUGGAGUUAAACCCAAGAUUGGGUCCGGUGACCGAGAAGAAACGGUAACAGGUGUGCUACAGUCGUCAUCGUUGGAAGGAUUGUAUCCUCAUUGGACUAGACCGCGUCCACCUAGACUUCCGGUUCUAGAAGGAGAACUGGUAUGGGUUAACCCUGACAACACUCAUGAACCACUUUGGGAUUUGGGGAUGUGUGCCGAUACGAGCCGUGGUGCAGCGGUUCGUGAUCUAAUUGUGAAAGCAUUGAAAGGCCCGCUUGCUCCAAGUCAACAAGAACAAGUUUUACUUGAGUUAACAUCCGACCCGAAACUCGUGUAUCACUGUGGGUUAACUCCAAGAAAACUACCUGAAUUAGUGGAGAACAAUCCCUUGAUUGCAGUUGAAGUUUUGAUCAAACUAAUGAAUUCACCCGAAAUCGCUGAGUACUUUACCGUUCUCGUGAACAUGGACAUGAGUCUCCACUCGAUGGAAGUUGUGAACCGGUUAACCACUGCGGUUGAGUUACCAACCGAGUUUGUGCAUAUGUACAUAACCAACUGUAUAUCGUCGUGUGAGAAUAUCAAGGAUAAGUACAUGCAGAACCGGUUGGUGAGGCUUGUGUGUGUUUUCUUGCAGAGUUUGAUCAGAAACAAGAUUAUUAACGUUCAAGACCUGUUCAUUGAAGUUCAGGCGUUCUGCAUCGAGUUUUCAAGAAUUCGUGAAGCGGCAGGUUUGUUUAGGCUUCUUAAAACCUUAGAAUGAAUGAUGUUUUUUGUUCUCUAGUUGGGAUUUCGUUUUCGUAUUUCUGCAUAAAGCUUUGUACUGGGAAGUUGGAUACUUUGGGAAUGGGAUUGGAUGCUGUUAUCUUGUUCCGGAAUCUUUAAAGUAGUAAACUAGUAUUUUUAGAUGAGUUGGA